CUCUCUCUCUCUCUUUCUCUCUUUCUCAGUGGGAUCUCUCCACUAUCUUUUGCAAUAAAGCUUGUGGGGUUUCAUUUGCUUGAGGGGUCAGGUUUCUUCUCUCUUCCAUUCGGGGCCUGCACAAAGAUCUCUCUCUGGUGUGUGUUGCCUUGGCUUUCUUUAAGUCUUUGUUUCGAUUUCAAGACUCGUAUCUCCAGUCGAUUUAGAACCGUGACAUGAAUUUAGAGGUUCCCCUUUUGUGUGUAUGGGUUCAUGGCAGAAAGUUCUUUGUUGAAAUGCUGUGUGAAGUUACUGGAUAUUGGAGUUCUAAUAUAAAGACUAUUACAUCCUCGUAAAGUUGGAACAAUAGCCGUCUCAUUGUGCUUUUAAUCCAUCUGAUAGAGAAACAAGUAUACGACAUGGGAUUUACUUUAUGAACACCAGGUUCUUCAAACUAAGAUGAAGCUACUGCUGUAUUUUCUUUUUCUCAUCUUUGAAAGGAAAAAAAGCAACUGCUGUGUUGAAUGGAACUCCUGUUCAUGAGAAGUCUCUUGUGGAAGUAAGGAAGCAGUAUUCCAGUAGCCUCUUUUUAUCUGAAGAAGACAAUUGAGGCAUGCAAGACUGGAUGUUCUAAUGGACGCCAAACGUGGUGAUCGAUCAGGUAGCAACUAUUCCAACUACGAAUCUCCUCCGGUCUACAACGCUGAAGAGAUCCGUCCUCAUGGUGGAAUCAAGAGGUUCAGAUCUGCUUGCUACUCCAAUUUUGCAGUGCGCUCGCAAGCCCUCCUGAUGACCACAAGCGACACUCUUCCAGAACGCACGCGAUUGCAUUACUCGCUCGAUUUGAUCUGCAUACAUACCGUUUCUGCUCACUUGUGUGACUGUUUCUUCCGAUAUCCCACCGAAAUGGCAUCGCCUGUCUCUGCAAUUGGAUUCGAGGGAUUCGAAAAGAGGCUUGAGAUCUCAUUCUCUGGGCAUGGAAGAAGACAAGACCUUCGAUCCCUCUCCAUGGCACAACUGGAUACCAUUCUGCGACCAGCUGAGUGCACGAUAGUAGCAGCACUGUCGAACAAGUUUGUGGACACCUAUAUCUUAUCCGAAUCCAGUCUCUUCAUCUACCCUCACAGGAUCAUCAUCAAGACCUGUGGCACCACAAGGUUGCUCCUAUCGAUCCCUCCUCUCCUUCAUCUGGCUGCAGACUUGUCUCUCUCGGUUGCAUCUGUAAGAUACACUCGCGGAGGCUUCAGAUUCCCAGAAGCACAGCCGUUCCCUCAUCGCAGCUUCGCGGAGGAGGUUGCGGUCCUCGAUAGGCACUUCACUCGGCUUGGUUGCAGCAGCAAAGCAUACAGUAUGAGUAGCUCGCUGAAGUCUCAGCAAUGGCAUGUGUACUCUGCGACUGCGGCGCGCUCCGACCGACCUCUCUACACUCUCGAAAUGUGCAUGAUGGGUUUGGACCGCAAGCGUGCUGCAGUCUUCUACGGGAAGCAGCACUACACAGCGUCCGAGAUGACCAUUGCUUCCGGGAUCAGCGACAUCCUUCCCGGCUCCCAGAUAUGUGAGUUCCAGUUCGAUCCCUGUGGUUACUCCAUGAAUUCCGUCGAAGGAGCUGCCAUCUCCACCAUCCAUGUGACGCCGGAGGAUGGAUUCAGCUACGCCAGCUUCGAAGCGAUGGGUUAUGAUGCUGAGGUGAUCGACUUGGGCCGGCUGAUUACUCGGGUUUUGGCGUGCUUCAGACCCGCCGAGUUCUCGAUCGCGGUCGAAACAGAUGGCGUCGGUGAGGAAUCGCCACGGGGAGCUGCGUUGGAUGUGAGUGGGUAUGUCAGCGGAGAGAGAAGGUUCAAGGAGAUGGGAAGAGGCAGUGUGGUGUAUCAGAGUUUCAAGGCAUGUGACUGUGAAUCUCCGACAUCAAUUCUGAAGAAUUUGUGGGAUGAUAUGGAUCCUCACAGGUCUAAUUUGUAGAGGUACGUGGGUGAUUCAACAGAGUUUUAGAUGUAUUCUGGUA